CUCUCGGCGAGAGCGGCGUGCCUCCCUUCCCAGAUGGCAGCCGGCAGCGCCAUGCAGCCUCCCGUUCCUCCGCCUCCUCUCCCUCCUCUCCGGCUCUAAGUUAAUGCCAUGCUGCCGCUGCUCCUCCCGGCACUGCUGGCCGCCUGCCUGCCGCCCUGCCAGGGCUGGAGCCCCUCGGCGGCUGCCAGCGGGCAGGAGGAGCAGGAGCAAGAGCUCUUCUUGCCCCCUGUCAACUCUUCCUCCCGCUCCUUGGCCAGCCUCGAGAUGGACCUCGACGGGGCAGCAAGCAAGGAAGAAGGCAGCACCGCCAGCCCGGGCACGCCGGCUGCCCCUAGCCGAGAGCCUUUCCCUUCCGCUCCCACCUCCUCCGGGCAGCAGCAGCAGCAGCAACAGCAGCAACGUCCCCAGCCGCAGCCCGCCGAGGACCCGCACUGCAAUAUCAGCGUGCAGCGGCAGAUGCUGAGCUCGCUGCUGGUCCGCUGGAGCCGCCCGCUGGGCAUCCAGUGCGACCUCCUGCUCUUCUCCACCAACAGCCACGGGCGGGCCUUCUUCUCCGCCGCCUUCCACCGGGUCGGGCCGCCGCUGCUCAUCGAGCACCUGGGGCUGGCGGCCGGCGGAGCCCAGCAGGACUUGCGCCUCUGCGUGGGCUGCAGCUGGGUGCGGGGCAGGCGGGUCGGGCGCCUGCGGGGCGCCGUCCCUCAGGCCGCCGCCGCCGCCCCCUCCUCCUCCUCCUCCUCUUCCUCGCUCUCCUACCCGCCGGCGGCGGAGCCCGGCCAGUACUGGCUGCAAGGGGAACCGCUGAAUUUCUGCUGCCUGGAUUUCAGCCUGGAGGAGCUGAAGGGGGAGCCGGGCUGGCGGAUGAACCGCAAGCCCAUCGAGUCUACCUUGGUGGCUUGUUUCAUGACACUGGUCAUCAUCGUGUGGAGCGUGGCCGCCCUCAUCUGGCCGGUGCCCAUCAUCGCCGGCUUCCUGCCCAACGGCAUGGAGCAGCGCCGCAGCACCGCCGCCGGCACCGCCGCCGCCGCCGCCAAGUAGCC